AUGUUAUUUGUUGCUCUAUCUAAAUCCAUAAUGAUGCAGAAUCUAUCAUUGUCAACAUCUACUACUACUACCACCUCAUCCACACACUAUAAUGUAUUGACACCAUCAACCAAUCAAUCUUUUAAUCAAGUGUCGAUCUUUUCCAAACCACUUUGGAGUCGUUGUCUUCAUUAUUCUUAUUAA